GCCAGCGCCUGUCCUUUCCCUCCACUCUCAAUCUCCGUCAUCCUCCCAUAUUCUCUCUCCGACAGGCGUCUCUCUCUCUCUCCCUCCCUCCCUCUCUCUCUCUCUCUCUCCUCCAGUUUCAUUCUCCACUGUCAUCAGAUCCAAUUCCCUCGAAUUCUUGGAAGAGGACUUGUUCAUCUCCCCCCCCACCCCCCCGGCGGCAGCCCGACGUCGUUUGCCUCGCUCUCUAUUUCGGCUUGCCUAACGAAAAGUCUAGCCUGUUGUGGAGCAAGGAAGAAUUGAGUAUGUGGAUGCAUUGUUAAGCUAUAGUGAAUUGUCCAGCAUUGUUCCUUCUGGGGAGGUAAUGAAGAUAAGUUCAUAUUUACAGCCAGACGGGGAUUUCUUUAGGUUACCACUACGAUUGGUGAGUAUUGAAUUUUAUAGUAAAAGCAAGUACUCAUAUUGAAGAAUGAGAUGAAUAGAAUACUGCGGCAGAUCAUUAUCGUCCUGUUGUUCAGGGUCAGUUGGAGAAAGCUGCUUUUUGUUGGUUCUAUAAUUACUUUUGCUGGUGUGGUAGUUCAAAUUUACACUCUUCCUUAUCCACUAACGAUAUGGAUCCUCUCUCCACCAGAAACACGUCUUUUAUACCAAUCUUUGAAUAGUAACAUGCAUUUGAGUGAAAAGAAUUCCUUAGCGAGGUUUGAACAGUAUGAAACCCAUCUGGUUGAUCCUGUUAUUUCCAAGAAUACUUCUCAUGAGUUAAACCAGUCAGUGCGAAUUAUGGAAGAGGGAACUAAAGCGUCAAGACAGAGAGAUCGCUUAGCUAGAAGGCGAAGGAGAAAUAUGAAACCAAAGAUUAUAGCUAGUCCUCCGCCUGCUCCCCGUAGACCUGUGCCCCAUCGCUUGCUGAGAUAUCUACGGUCGUUGACCACCGACGAGGCUCUUGUGUAUGCUAAGAAAGAGAUAGAGAACAUCUCAUCGGUCAUAGAUGAUCCAGAUCCAGAUUUGUAUGCCCCUUUGUUCCGAAAUGUUUCUAUUUUCCAAAGGAGCUAUGAGCUGAUGGAACUCAUACUUAAAGUUUACAUUUACCAAGAUGGGGAGAGACCAAUUUUCCACGAACCCAAUCUCCAGGGAAUUUAUUCAUCUGAAGGAUGGUUUAUGAAGUUAAUGGAGGAAAACAGGCAAUUUGUCACCAGGGACCCGGAAAAGGCUCACUUAUUCUAUCUCCCAUACAGUGCACGCCAACUGCAGAUGGCUCUUUAUGUAAAAAACUCAAAUAAUAUAGGACGCCUAUCAAUAUUCCUAAGGGAUCAUGUGAACAUGCUUGCUGCGAAGUACCCUUUUUGGAAUCGAACUCACGGAUCAGAUCAUUUUCUCGUUGCUUGCCAUGAUUGGGGCCCUUAUACACUGACGAAACACAAGGAGUUAACCAAAAACACUAUAAAAGCUCUCUGCAAUGCCGAUGUGUCUGAAGGUAUCUUCGCUGCUGAGAAAGAUGUUUCCUUGCCAGAAACCACAAUAAGGAAUCCCAACAGACCUCUUAGAGGUCUUGGAGGAAAAAGAGUGUCACAGCGCCCAAUUCUCGCCUUCUUUGCUGGCAACAUGCAUGGUAGGGUGCGGCCAACGCUUCUUAAGGUCUGGGGCGACAAAGAUGAGGAUAUGAGAAUUUAUGGGCCUCUACCCAAUAGAGUCUCCCGGAAUAUGUCUUAUGUUGAGCACAUGAAAUCAAGCAAGUAUUGCAUUUGUCCAAUGGGCUAUGAAGUGAACAGUCCGAGGAUUGUGGAGGCAAUAUAUUAUGAGUGCGUUCCCGUGAUUAUUGCUGAUAACUUUGUCCCUCCAUUGCAUGAAGUUUUAGAUUGGAGUGCUUUUUCUGUGAUUGUGGAUGAGAAGGACAUUCCAAAACUCAAGGAGAUUUUAUUGGCUAUUCCUUUGAGACGGUAUCAAAAAAUGCAAAUUAAUGUCAAGAUGCUGCAGAAGCAUUUCCAUUGGAACUCAAGGCCAAUAAGAUACGAUAUGUUCCACAUGAUUUUGCAUUCGAUUUGGCAUGCUAGGCUUAACCAGAUUCACAUAACGCAGUCGUCAUAAAUUUUGGGAUUCCUUCCUUUGAUAUAGCUGACUGGCAUUGUUAGCACAUAUCUCAUGAAUUGGGAGAACUCCAUCGUGGUGGUUAUGGAUUAUAUGACAGAAUCUGGAGGCGGCUUGUUUGUUAUUUAGGGAUCAAACUUUACUGAAUGUCAAAUAGAAGUUUCGGACAGCAACAAUGAUUUCUGCAAUGCAGGUAUUAUUAGAUUUCUUGUUUCCAUUUCCAGUCAUCUACUCACUCCGUCCCAAAUUGCCAGUCAGUCUUUUCAUUUCUGGGUGUACCACAUUGGUAGGCCUCUUCGAAAAACCAAGGUAUAGGAUCUUGUGUUUUCAAUGCUAUCAUUGCAUCUAUAUGUAUCCCAGCAAGUUAGCUGUUGCUGUGGCUCAGUGGCUCUGGGUGCAGCUGUUGCUUCUGCUUCUGCCCCUGCUGCCAAGGAGGAAGAAAAAGGACAAACCUGCUGAGGAGUCUGAUUGUGCCUUCUAUCUCCCUUGUUCGUUGAAUGUGUUGGUUAGUUUCUGGCUUUACAUUUUCAAGAAAAUUCAUUCCGGGCAUCGAUACUAAGGGGCCAACAUUGUGGGACAUGAACAUUGUUCUGCACGCUACAGACGUUUGGCCCCUUCAUAUUGCUCUGAACUAUAAUUUGAUCAACUAAGUUCAGGUCUUCGACAUCUACAAAAACAAGGAGAUGAUUAAGCUUGUGAGAAUUCGCAAGGAUGAUCAACUGUGUUCCUGUCUCAACUUCUUCGAACUUCCACGGAAAGACUGAAAUGGUUAAGCUCGUGAUAAUUGGCGAGAAUGAUGAUAUUCUAGCAAAUGUCAUCAGUUACUUGUGAUGAUGGUAAAUAUUUGUAGUUAGAAAACUGUGAUGGUAAUAAUUUAGCUAGGCUAUGGCUUGUGAAUCCCUGUAGUUUGCAUUGGAUUGAUUUCCGAUUUACCAUACUCUCGGUUAUUGCUGUCUUGGGUGUGUCAUAUUGUCAUUGUCAAGAGGAUUGAGAAAAUGAAUGGACUGCUUCCCAGUUCCCAGAAAAUGAAUACAGUAUAUUACUGCUUCUUUUCUUUC